GAGAAGAAAGAAGAAUAAUGAUUCUCUUUCUUAUCUUUCAAUAGAGAAAAAGAAAGAGAGAAACAGAAGAGAAAGAGAGAGAAAGAGUCGCUCUCACUUUGGUUCGCUCUCAGUUCUCUACUCACAUUUCUAAAAGAUCACAUUUGGAUCUUUGCUUAUCUUAAUUCUCUGUUUUUCCAAUCAAAAUUUUCGCUUUAAUUGUGAUUCGUAUUUCUAAUUAAUUCUCGUUAAUUGUCAUUAAAUUGUUUUCCAUUUUCUUUUUCUAUUCUUUUCUAAAAGCUCAAUAGAAUUUGAUUCAAUUCUCUUCUAGUGUCAACCUUGUUUUCUACUCUCAAUCCAAUUGCUUUUUCUUGGUGUUUCCAAUUUCUCUUGAAAAAGUGUUCAUCAUGAAGUGAAUUGUAAUUUAAUUGUGACUUGAACUCUACCUGAUUCAACAAUUUAACAUCAAAUUGUUACCAUUGUAAAAGGAAAACCAAUUGUGUAUCUAAUAGUAGAAAAAGGAAUCCAGAUAUUACUCAUAUUUGGGUUUUUCUUUCAUUUUCAUUUUCGUUUUGGUUUUGUUUUUUUCUAUUCUCUUUCUCUCUGGUGAAAAUACUCUUACAGUUUAUCCUGUAUUCCAUUUUUGUUCCGGUUCCUUUAUCAACCUUAUGGUUUAUCAAUUGUUUUCUAUUCUAUUAUAAUGGAUCGAAGGAACAAGAAGAGUAAAAUCUCAGCAAAUUUCAGUAAUUAUACACAUCAACCUGUUCUACCUAUACCUUAUUCUCAUGUGGCUGGGUUACAUCAUUUUCAUCAUUCUCUUCAUCAGCCUCAUCAUUUUCACCAUCAACCCUCAUCCAUGGCUGGUGCAGCUUCAGCCUUAAUCUCACAACAUGAGACAUUCGGUGCAACAACAACAACAACCAUGAUACCCUCAGUAACUAACACUGAAUCCUGGUUAAAUCAUCACCAUAACCAUCACCAUCUCCUUCACCACCACCAACAGCAACAACAACAACAACAACAACUUCACCAUCAAAUCCAUUCACAACAAACAGAACCGGUGACUAGAUGUCCAACUAAUCCUACCGAUGGUACAAAUAAUAAAAUGGAGAUUGAUACGGAAUAUACAAGCAAUACAACGGUUGAAAAUUUGUACCCAGAGAUUUUGUCCAUCAUAUUUUCAUACCUUGACUUACGUUCUAAAGGUAGAGCUGCCCAGGUAUGCUCAACAUGGAUGGAAGCCUGUUAUGACAAGUCUGUUUGGAAAGGCGUUGAGGCCAAACUUCACCUUAAAAAGAUAAAUUCAACAAUGAUUGACAGUUUAAAUCGUCGAGGGAUUAAAAGAGUACAGAUUCUGAGUUUCCAAAAAGGUCUAAAAGAGCUGACAAACAUUAGGAACCUUGAACGUCUCACACUAACUGGUUGUUAUAAUCUGACCGAUUUACAUUUAUCUCAAGCCUUAUCCCAAGAGAUGCCUUCGUUGAAACAACUGAGCUUGGGCAUGUGUAAACAAAUAACCAUCAAUAUGUACGUGUCACUUUGUCACAUAUUAUCAAAUACACCAAAUAUUGAGGUUCUCGAUUUAGGUGGAUGUAGUGAAAUCACGGACGAUGCUCUUACUGCCAUAAGGAAAUGUUUAAGAAGAUUAAAGCAACUUAAUAUACGAAGCUGUCGAUAUAUUACCGAUUUUGGUAUUUCAAGACUUUGUUUGGAUAAAUUAACAAAUGAUUUGAGUGAUUGGAAACUCAAUUCUAGUGAUAAUAUUUUUAAUAGACAUAAUCACCAUAAUGAUACCAAAGAUAAAAGUGCUCUAAGAUAUUCAAAUUCAAAAGAUGCUAACGAGCAAAUUGAUUCCGGUUUAACAUCACUCGAACUAUUGGAUUUACAAGAUUGUCAAACUUUAACUGACGAUUCGCUUAAAUUUAUCUCAUUUGGAUUAAAAAGUUUACAAUGUUUAAAUUUAAGCUUUUGCGUUGGAAUCACCGACAUGGGACUUAAAUAUCUUUCCACCAUGACAUCAUUAAAAGAAAUUAACCUUCGAAGCUGUUCAAAUAUAACCGAUAUUGGCCUUCGAUAUUUAAGUGAAUCGGGAAUCCAAUUGAAAAUAUUAGAUGUAUCUUUUUGCGAUAAAAUUGGUGACACUGGUUUAAUUUAUAUCUCACAAGGAUUAACAUCCCUUGUAACCUUAAGUCUUAAUUCAUGUCCAAUAACAGACCAAGGAUUAAUUAAGGUUUCCACAAGUUUAACCAAUCUGAAAACCCUCAACAUUGGUCAAUGUAAUAAGAUAACCGAUGUUGGUGUAGCCUCAUUAGCGGAAAAUUGCUUGAAAUUGGAAAAUAUUGAUCUUUAUGGUUGCACGAGGAUUACCCAAACCGGACAAGAGAAGAUACUUCGAUUACCUUUAUUGAAAUAUCUAAACACUGGACUAUGGCAAGACUUGGAAACACCAGUUUACUUUCAUCCUUUUGCACCAAAUUCACUGGUUCGAGAUCACCAUUCACCUGGAUGUGUUUUACGACAAUCAAAUCGUAAUUUUCCCUCAGCAAAUCAAUACAAUUCUAAUCAAUUGCUCAACCAAUAUAAAAGCAUCUACGCUGCUAAUUGCGGGGACAAUAUGUUUCUACGAAACUGUAUACUAACCAAACUUUGUGAUUCUUGCCAAAAUGUCAGUUUCCUUUUAAAUCCAACUAUACUCGCAUCUCCCCUUUACAUUGUCCUUAGACUGGAUAAAUCAUGAAAACAACAAUCAACGCCAAUUAGUGUUCAUUAAUUAACUCUAUUUUCAUCGUCAUCUUUUUCCCUGUGUAUAUAUUUAUCUUUUUCCAUCAUCAUCACCACCAUCACCUUCAUCGUCGUCGUCAUUGAUAAACAAGCGAAGGAAAAAAGCAACAACAAUCAAGCCAAUAAAGUCUUCAUUGGGAGAGAAAUAAAUUUAAAGAAAAUCGAAUUUAAUUUAACUUUUUCUCUACAACUAAUUGAAAUUAUCUUUGCCGAUUAUUGGUAAAAAAUUAAGACAACGCCUUAAAUCAGCCAUCCAAAUGCCGAUUUCUCUCUCUCAAAUUCAUAAUUCAAUCUAAGAUCAUUUAUCUUCCUGUAUCAUCGUUAAUUGUCACAUUUACUAACUCAUCAUCCAAGCGACAGUUCUUAAUCAGCAGCAAUUAAGCUAUUUUCCAUGUUGAAUUGUAAUAUCAUUGUUAUAAUUAUGAUUCUCUCAAUGUUAAUAGCUUUUCCAACCAUCAUCAUCAUCUAAAAUCACUAUUUAAUCAAUGAUUUAGUCAAACAAACUUCCACUGUUUGAUCAAUGAUCAAACAGUCACCUCAAGAAUCUUCUUCAUCAUCCUCAUCCUCAUUUCCAUCUUCAUCUUCAUCUUGAUCGUCAUAAAAAAAGAAACUUUUUUUCUACUGUAAACUUUUCUCGACAAUCAACAAAUCAAAUUAUCCAAUUAAUAUCAUUUCUGAUAUUAUUUUGGUUACAUUAACGGACUUACCUCUCGAAUCUUUCUUUUUGUAAACAACUGAUUCUGACUGUAAACUUUGAUCAAAUGAUAAUAAUGUUUAUUAUUAUUACUAUUAUUAUAAUUUAUCCUGACAAUUAAUUAUUAUACAAUUUGUAAAUGUGCAAACCAAGUUAUUUUGUGUAGAAUUAACUAAUUAAAAAAAACG